GUACUCGGAGCCUCAGUACUUCCAGUACUUCAGUAGUACUGCUGCGAGUACCGGUGGAAGUACUUGUACCUGCCGUGCACCCGUCGGGCCUGUCGCCGUCAUGGAGCUGGACAAAAUGGACGAGAACGAGUGGAAGUAUCACGGGGAAGGCAACAAGAGCCUGGUGGUGUCCCACGUCCAGCUUCCCAGAGUUCUACGUCUGCUCAAGUACCCGGCUGAGGACUGUGAGAACCCACCGCAGACACCUGAGCAGGCCUUCAGGCAGAUCCAGAACGUUGUUGACUUCAGCUCCAACGUGAUGAGCAGCCUCCUGGGAGAGAAGUUCAUCCACAGCGGGGAAGUGGUCAAACUGCCGCUGGAGUUCGUACGGCAGCUGUCAAUCAGAGUUCAGCAUCAAAGACCAGCGAUGCGCUGUGAUAAGGUGAUGGACAUCUACAGCGGCUGUGCUCUCUGUCUGCCCAACCUGACGUCUCCAACUCUGCACCAGCCAACACACACUCUUCCCCUCUGCAUUGAGAUCAAGCCUAAAUGUGGCUUCCUGCCGUCCUCCAAACAUGUCAGCAAAGACAUCAAGACUAAAGUGUGUCGCUUCUGCAUGCACCAGCACGACAAGGUGGCCCGUGGGAAGUGGAAGAGACGCAGCCUGUACUGUCCUCUCGACCUGUUCUCAGGGAACAGGCAGAGAAUGCAGUUUGCCAUCAGACAACUUAUAGAAGAACCUCAGAACAACUUCAAAAUCUUCAAGGGCGGUCAGUGCAUUUACAGUAGUAAAGAAGGAAGUGACGACUCCUUGGACCUGAACUCUCUGCUGCAUCAGCUCAGACCGUACUUCAUGUACGGAAACAACCGAAUCAUCAGUCACGUGACCGGCAAGGCUGUUCUCAACGACUUCAUCCAGGUCCUGGUGAACGCCCUGCUGAGUGGUGGUGGAGGAGGAGGGCACGGCGGGGGGGUGGCGGACAGAUGUGGAGAGGGGCGGAGCUUCUGUGAAGCCAGUCUCUUCAACAAGGAGAGGAUUCGUCACGGCUCUCAGGAUUUAAACAGCAACAGCGUCCUGUCCCGGAUUCUUCAGACUCAGAUGUUGGACUCGCUGAACAUUGAAGGUCUUCAUCCUUUGUAUCGUAGAGUGGAGCAACAUCUGCAGGACUUCCCCAAGGAGAGAACUCGUCUGCAGGUGGACGGGCCGUACAACGAGGCCUUCCUGGAAACGCUGCAGAAAUGUCCGGCUGAGGACGACGGCUCCGUGGAGUACGCCGCUGCCAAGGUUCAUCAGUACCGCGUUGCCAUGACAGCCAAGGACUGCUCCAUCAUGGUGGCCUUGGUGCCGAGCCCUGAGGAGGAAGAGGAGGAUGACGAUGAAGGUCUCUCCGGUCAGACGUGGCUCCGAGACUUCCAUUCAACCAGACCUCCCGCCUUCUCCUACUCCGUCUCCAUUCUGGAUCUGGACCCGAAGCCGUUCGACGCCAUCCCGUGCCAGCUGCGCCUGGACCAGAGGAUCGUCUCCUGCUACCUGAGGACCGGGGGGGCGCUGCCGAAGGCCUCUCUGCAGCCGCUGCCGGACAUCUACACUGCUGCAGAGAGGGACGACUGCACGCUGCUGUUCCACCCGGUGUGAGGGCCACCGAGGAGGAGCCAGGCGACACUACAGGAGACAAAGAUAUCGGACACCACACUGAUGCCUGGAACAGAGACGCCAUGUUGAUCCCAGAGGUGGAGAAGAGUCAAGGAGCAGAGCUGUUUAUUCACUGCAGCCCUUCCUCCUCCUCUUCCUCACUCAGACCAUGUUGUAUCAACCCUCUGGUUCCUGCUGCUCAGCAACAAAAGAAAUCUAAAGCAAGUUGCAGCUAAAUCACCGGAAAAACGACAAGCAGAUGCAUUUAGUUUCCAGAUCUUUUGUGAUGUUGUGGCAGUUUGACAUUUUACUCCUGAUCCGAGGUCACUGCUCCGUUCUGCCACAACUCGCAUCGACUGGAAACCUCGUACGAAGCAUGGCUCUCUCUCUCUUUCGAUGACAAAAGUGGAGAUUAAAGGACAGGUUCACAGUCCAAGUCUUUAAAACAAAAAUCAGGCGUCCAUAUUGAAACAGCGACUGGUUUUCCUGCUGUGAUUAAUUCCACUUGUCGUUAAGAGAUCUUCUCCUUUCUGCACUUUCAAUGUACAUAAGUGAUGAGGUGCAGAAUCCACGACUGCAGAAACAAAGGUUUAUUUUACAUUUUUACAAAUAAAGUUGGUAUUUUCUCAAGUCAGAUCUUAACAGUGUUUCCCACAGAUUGUUAAUCUAUGAGGAGCGUGGAUGUUUAUGAAUGUUUUUAAAGGAAACCAAAGAAGUGAGAGAGAGAGCCAGCCAGUGGGGCGGAGAGAGUUUAUAUUGUUAUGAGAAGUGUGAAAAGUUUAUUGGAUCAUUAUGAAACUGUGGUAGGAGAAAUUAGACCCAGUUAGCUGCCGCAGUCAAAGUUAUCAGUGGGAAACACUGGUUUGAUACUUUGGUUAUAAAAUCAAAUGAGGGUUAGGACAGUUAUCAAAUGGGUUUAGUUCUGGAUGCAUUGAUUUUAGUUCGGUUAGUUUUCCAGCUUUUGUGUUCUGGAAGUGUUUCCUUGUUGAACUGUGGUGCAGCGGUUGUAACACAGAGAGGGAAUUUUAUUCUGAAAAGGGAGAAACUUUGACAAAUAUCAAUAUGUGUGGUUUGUUUUGACACAAACUGCUGAAGCCUCGACAGUCUGUGGAUUCUGACGCACAUCGGGAUCAGAUCUCUAAACCGACAAUAUGAACGGGAUGAUUACAGCCGAGGAAACCGCGGCUUCACUCUCACACGGACGCCCGAGUAGAAGGAACCUGUCCUUUAACCUCCUGCUGCUUUUGUAGAGCUUUGAUGAUGUCAUUUCCUGAAUGUAGGUGGGUGGGCGGGCCGGAAUGUGGGUCCAGGUUGUUAACAGAAUCACAAGUUACCAUGGUUACAGAGGAAAACAUGGUGGAUCUGACUGCCAAACAGUCUCAGCAGCUGAGAUGGUGUUUUUUAUUUUUAUAAUUCAUAACUCUUUUUAUUUUCACGUUGGAGUUUUUCAGUCCAACAACUCACAUCAACUCAAACUAACUCAUGAGACAGCUGCUUGGUCGCGUCACAUCGGAGAAGGAAAUUGUUAAAGCAACACUAUGCAACUUUUAAAACCUCCAAACAGCAGCUUAGUGACUGUGAUUCAGGAGAAAGUUUCCUCAUCACCCAGUAACCAUGAGUGGGUUCGAUCUCCUGUGAGAAGAACUGACAGAACCACAGCUUCUACUGUCAGAUUCAGCUCCAGUGAGUCGAGGAGUGAAGCUGAACUGAUGAUCAGUUAUUAAAAACAUAGAAGUUAUUAAAAACCUGAGUUCAAACCCCAAAACUCAGCAGGAAACUGUUAAAAUGUGAAGAAUUCUAAACAGUUUAGUGGAUUUGUUGCAGCAGCAGGUCCAGGAAGCAGAGGAUCAUGGGUAAUAUCAGUUCAGUGAGUGGGUUACACAAAGCCAAAAACAGAAUGAAUCCAUGUGUUGGCUGCAGGGGGCGCUGUUGCUCAGUUAAAGUUGCAUAGUGUUGCUUGAAGGGUUCGGAACAAACUGAAGACGUCACAGGAGAAAUUGUGAAGGUGUUUUUUUUAAUAUUUCACAAACUAAACAAUUUUAUUAAUCAAGGAAAUAAUCAGAUUAAUUGAUAAUAAACCGUUAGUUUCAGCCGUUGAUGAGACGAAGUGACGACGAAGCAGGUGAAGAAGCUGAGGUCUGAAAGUGCUGAGUCAUCGCAGCUUCUCUGCCUGGUUCUUCAUCAUCAUCAUCAUCCUCAGUGGCCGGGACAGUGACCGUCUCCUUUUGACUGAUGUGACUCUAACGAGGGUUUUCAAGCAGAGCAGGGGACCGAGAGCAGAGGAUUCUGGGUAACUGAGGGUCAGACUGCUGCUCUGCUGGUUGUUGUGCCAUAAGUGGCUUGUUGUGUGUCUAUUUUGUCCAUGUGCCUAAAUGUUCUGGUGGGACUGGAGGACGAGGGUUGUGUGUGUGUGUGCGAGUGUAUUUUUAAAACGCUCACUUUGUUGCGGGCGGCGUUCCCAGCUGAGGUCAGAGGUCAACGCAACCUUGACGCUCCACGAUGCGUUCAGGGACGCUGGGAGGUUUCUGAGGACGCUGACGGAGACUUACAGCUGUUUGAUGAUUGUUG